AUGGAAAUUGUCAUUGUUAUUAUUAUCGCCAUCAUCACCAUCGUCACUGCUCCCCCGCAAAGGUCUGCUUUUUCAGCAGCGGCAUCCGAUUUAGGAAAGAAUCACGAGUUCAUCGCCCCUCCUCUUUCACAGGAGCGGGGGAAGCGGCCGUCGUUCGCAUGUUACAGUCAAUACUUCGCUUUCGCCCGCUAAUAGGCAGACCCCUGCCGCUGCGAAAACUCGCUGUUCGCAGCUGCGUACGGAAUUAUGGUCGGUACCGGUGGCUGCGGUAUAAUCCCCUAGCACAGCCGGAUUCGAUACGGCUGGUCGAGUUACAACCGGGAGCUCCGGAGGAUGAAAUCCGGGUUGAAAUCCAGCACGCGAGGCUGUCGGAAGCGCCGGAGUAUGAGACGCUGUCAUACGAAUGGGCCGGGAACCGAAAGGAAGCUAAGGUGAGGUGCGGGAGAGGAGAGGAAAUACCCGUCCCGCUCAACUUGAAGGCAGCGUUGAAGAGACUGAGAGAUAGAGACCGGCCGAGGAGGAUAUGGAUCGACGCAAUUUGCAUCAAUCAGGACGAUUUGAAGGAGAGGGGAGAUCAGGUUUCAGUCAUGACCCAGAUAUAUCAAAAUGCCCAGGGCGCCUUGAUUUGGAUUAGGGAGCAGAAGCCCGACACCGUCGAGGCGUUCAAGAUGAUACCGAAGCUGGCCGAGAGCUGGUAUUCCCAGGGGCCCCAGGACGACCCAUCAACCGAGCCCGCAGUCGAAGUUGAAGAUGAGCACGCGGACGAGCUCGACAACCCGACUAUAGCGAACGCGAUCCGUGACACUUUCACAAGGUCGUACUUUACGAGAACCUGGAUCAUCCAGGAAAUUCUGGUAUCCAAGAAAGCCACAAUAGUCUGCGGCAGCCACCAGGUAGACUGGGUCCUCUUCCACCGGGCAGCAAACUACCUCGUCCAGCGCGAAUUCCGCCUCGAUAGGGAGCCCGCAGGCCGAACACUAUUCCUGGUGGCACUGAUCCGCCGUAAUGAGAAGCGGUACAAAGAGGCACAACUCAACCUCCGCACACUGCUCCGACACUUCCGGUACUCCCAAGCUACCGACAUCCGCGACAAGGUGUACGCCAUGCUGGGAAUCGCCUCCCCGGUCGGUCGCUCGGGCACUGAGCACUGCGUGAAACAGCUGCAAGCAGACUACAGAAAGGCUGUAGAAGACGUCUACCGCGAAGCGGCCGCAUACAUAAUGACGGACGAACAGGACCUGCGCCUCCUUGCAAACGAGUACUCCCCAUGUUCCCGCCAGCUAACGAAGAUGCCAACAUGGGUACCGGAUUGGUCAAUAACGUCAAAGCGCCUGCUCCCCAUGGCGCGGAAGAGCAACACCCUCAGCUCCCUCAUCAAAGCCGAUAUCAGCACCCGUGCAGACUCACUCUUCGUGAACGGAUUCAAGUUCGACACGGUGACGUAUGCGACGCCGAUCGUGACGCCGGAGAAUGAAGCGGCCAUCCUGGGGACGCUGACUUCGCUCGUCAGAAGCAAGAACCAGUAUCCCUACAACAACCAAUCCCUCACCGAGGCCCUCUGUCGCACGCUCAUUGCGGAUAAUGCCAACUUCCGGCCCGCGCUAGAUCAUGAGGAGCGAUAUUUUUUCCACCUACUCAGACAUCGCAUGAAAACUAUCGAUGUGCCGAUCAUCCAAGAGGACCUUAUGACUGAUCUGCGGUAUCAGACCGUCAGUCAUCAGCUUAGGCAUAACGAACCGUAUAGGGAGGAACUAUCCAGGAAUCUGCACGGGAGGAGCUUCUUCAUGACUGCCCGCGGUUUUAUGGGUCUCGGACCGAAGGCGCGAAGAGCUGUGCUUGUUGGCGAUCGGAUUUGCAUUUUGGGGGGUGGAUAUACGCCGCUGAUCCUCAGAGAGGGGAGUAACUUUGAAUUCAAGGAGCACAAGAACCUCAAAGCCUGGUGGAAGGGCAAGUACGACUGGGGGGUGCAAUUUAUGCAGAAGAAACGGGAAGGAAAGGAGGGAAAGGAGGGAGAGGAGGGAGAGGAGGGAGAGGAGGGAGAGAUGCAAGACAGGAAAUGGUAUACGCUCAUUGGAGAAAGCUACGUGCACGGGAUUAUGGAAGGGGAGUGCCUGAGGAGCAAGAUUGCGCCGGAGAAGAUUGAAAGGAUUGAGAUUCGGUGA